GAGCUGAGGUGUUCCAAGGGUUUUUGCUUGUGAGCCUUUUUUUUAAAACCCUUCUUCUUCGUCCCAGUCUCUUCAGCGAUAUAAUAAUAGAGAGAGAGAGAGAGAGACAGAGCAAGCGAGUUAGAGUUGGUAUUAGGGGUUAGGGUUAGGGUUUUUCUCUCUCUAGAAAGCUAAAGAAUCCAUACGAAACCAGAGAGAGAGAGAGAGAGAGAGAAUGGAGGGAAUCACGGAGGCAGUGAACAACCUCAACAUCACCGAUUCAUCUAACAAGAAGAACCGCAUCCAAGUCUCCAACACUAAAAAGCCCCUCUUCUUCUACGUCAAUCUUGCCAAGAGGUACAUGCAGCAGCACAAUGAUGUGGAACUCUCUGCUCUUGGAAUGGCUAUUGCCACGGUGGUUACCAUUGCUGAGAUCCUUAAAAACAAUGGAUUGGCAGUUGAGAAGAAGAUCAUGACUUCCACUGUUGACAUGAGGGAGGAUGCAGGAGGGCGACCCAUUCAAAAAGCGAAGAUUGAAAUAUUGCUGGUGAAGUCAGAGAAGUUUGACGAGUUGAUGGCUGCAGCUCAAGAGGAAGCAGCUUUAGAAUAUGAGGAGCAGAACUGAAGUGAAAUGUUCUGCAGUUUAGCUUUGGUGCACUUGCUGUUAAGUUGGUCCUAUCAUGGAAAUUAUAGUAGUGUUUCUUAGAUUGGCUUACUGUUUUGUGAAGUUAACUAGCUGUCAUCAUAUUUAUUCUAGGAAUUUUUGUAAACUACUUCCUCCUUACUAUUCAAAUUCAAAUUUGUUUCCAAGUUUACUGUUAUCA